GCAGCAGCAAUAAUAGUUGCUUCAGUUCCACACAUAGCACAAACCGGAGAUUUCGCCAGUUCAAUGUCGUCGGCAUUUCGUUGAUUAGAGAGAAGAAAAUCUCGAGGGAGAAAAUAAAAAAAAUGGAGGAGAGAAGAAAUGUGAUUCUAGUAUGCUCUGUCGUUGGAUUUCUCGGGCUGCUUUCUGCCGCGACAGGCUUUGCUGCGGAAGCUAAGCGGAUUAAGGUUGAUCAGGUCCAGAGUCCCUCUCCUGAAGAAUGUAUAUAUCCCAGAAGUCCCGCCCUAGGCCUUGGAUUAACGGCGGCAGCCACUCUCAUGAUUGCUCAAAUUAUCAUAAAUGUUGCAACUCGAUGCGUUUGUUGUAGAAAAGGCCCACAUCAGUCAAAUUCAAAUUGGACUGCAGCUCUGGUCUGCUUUAUUGUUUCCUGGUUUACAUUCGUCAUAGCAUUUCUGCUGUUGCUUACUGGUGCAGCUUUGAAUGAUGAGCAUGGUGAAGAGAACUUGUACUACACCAACUACUACUGUUAUGUUGUGAAACCCGGUGUUUUCGCUGGAGCUGCUGUGCUGUCCCUUGCCAGUGUCAUUCUGGGGAUAAUAUAUUAUCUUACCUUGAAUUCAGCAAAUAACAGCAACAAUGCAUGGGGUGGUGCACCUGUCCCUCCCCAAAGUCACAUUGCAAUGGCACAACCUCAGUUUCCUCCUCAAGAUCCUUUAUUCGUGCACGAGGACACUUACAUGAGGCGCCAAUUUACAUAGUUCACCCUGCAAUCAAUGGUGCUCAACCUCAGUUUCAGUUCGUGCACAAGGAAUCAAUCACAAAGGAUACUCAAGAUCCUUCAUUCGUGCAACCUCCUCAAGAUCCUUCAUUCUUGCACAAGGAAGGACACUCACACUAGGCGCCAAUUUAUGUAGUCAUUGUCUAUCACUAUGCCAAUUUGUUAGAAAAUGUUAUGAUCUUGCUUUCAUGUCUACACAGUGUGAUUUGAGAAUGUGAAAAUAUAUGGUAGGUACCCAAAAAAACUGAUCCCCGUAACAAUUUUUUUCAAAUUAAAAAGAUGCAGUUACCAUA